AUGAGGAGUUACGAGGAUAUACCUGGUUGGUGGUUCCACGUCCUGCUGAUAGUGACGGUGGUGGUUUCUCUAAUCCUAUGCACCGUGUUAAAGGACCAGGUUCAGCUGCCAUGGUGGGCGCUCCUCUUUGCCUGCGGUAUGGCCUUCGUCUUCACCCUCCCCACCAGCAUCAUCAGUGCAACUACAAACCAGACCCCCGGUCUAAACAUUAUUACAGAAUAUGUCAUGGGUCUGAUUCAACCGGGGAAGCCUAUUGCCAAUGUGUGCUUCAAAGUUUAUGGGUAUAUGAGCAUGGCUCAAGCAAUCUCUUUCCUCUCUGAUUUUAAGCUCGGCCAUUACAUGAAGAUUCCACCCAGAUCCAUGUUCAUAGUUCAGUUUAUUGGAACCAUCAUCGCUGGAACAAUCAAUCUUGGUGUCGCAUGGUGGUUGCUAGGGUCCAUCAAGAACAUAUGCGACGAUCAGCUCCUUUCACCAAACAGCCCUUGGACGUGCCCGAGCGAUAGGGUCUUCUUUGACGCUUCGGUGAUCUGGGGUCUGGUUGGACCCAGGCGUAUCUUUGGCCCACUGGGCAACUAUGGAGCGCUAAAUUGGUUCUUCCUCGGUGGAGCUCUAGGUCCCAUUAUCGUGUGGACCUUUCACAAGUUUUUCCCAGCCCAAACUUGGAUCCCCUUGAUCAACCUUCCAGUCUUGCUUGGGGCCACAGCUUCCAUGCCUCCAGCCACAGCAGUGAACUACAAUUCUUGGAUUGUGGUUGGAACUGUGUUCAACUUCUUCGUCUAUCGGUAUCGAAAGAAGUGGUGGGAGAGGUAUAAUUACAUUCUCUCUGCUGCACUGGAUGCUGGCGUUGCAUUCAUGGGGGUGUUCUUGUACUUCACAUUGAACCUGGAGAACGUAACUCUUGACUGGUGGGGAACUGCCGGGGAGCACUGUGAGCUUGCAACUUGUCCCACGGCGAAAGGGGUGCAAGUAGAUGGCUGUCCUGUCUUCUAAUUAUCCAUUCUGCAUUUCAUCUUUCUUUUAUCCUUAAAUCACUGUGCGUGAUCAAAGUAUGAAGAAUUACAAUAGGAGCAGCCAUCUGCUGAAACUCGGUUUAUUUUCUCAAUUUAUAUUGUGCUCAUUCAUACAAAUGAUUCCUCGAAAUGCUUAAAAGUACUUUUUGGUUGUUAGUCAAUCAAAACCAACAGCUCCAAUAUCCAUUAAAUU